UCUCUGCACUACACGAUGACACUUCACUGGACUAUGCAAUAAGGAUUUCCGUCUCUGCAGUGAUUUGUCGCGCCCUGAGGGGACCGUUAUAUUUACGAAAAAAGUUUAUACCACAUUUCCAGUCCCAUUUAUUUUUCCAAGAUGCCACGCUCGUUUCUUGUCAAGAAACAUUUCAACUCAUCUAAGAAGCCAAAUUAUAGCGAGCUGGAAAGCCCUAUAGUAUUUAUUUCACCGUAUCUCUACAAGGGCCUUCCAUUGCCUGUCAUCCCUCAACCGGAGAUCCUUAGCUCCGUGGUUUACAACCCUAUCACGGUAUGGACUACGAGCAGCUUGCCGUUAUCUCCGCUUUCAAGUGACCUGUCUCCCAUCUCUGGAUACCCCUCAUCGCUCUCUGACACCUCAUCCAAAGACCACAGCGGCUCUGAGAGUCCCAGGAGCGAUGAAGACGAGCGGAUGCUUACCAAACUAACAGACCCUCAUGGAGUGGAGGCAGAGAAAUUCCAAUGUAGUUUGUGUAAAAAGUCCUAUUCUACUUAUUCUGGACUGCUGAAGCAUAAGCAACUGCACUGUGACGCUCAGACGAGGAAAUCAUUCAGUUGUAAAUACUGCGAAAAGGAGUACGUCAGUCUUGGAGCGCUAAAAAUGCACAUCAGAACUCACACUUUGCCUUGUGUCUGUAAAAUAUGUGGCAAAGCUUUCUCAAGACCGUGGUUGCUUCAGGGACACAUCAGAACGCACACUGGAGAGAAGCCCUUCUCCUGCCCCCAUUGCAGUAGGGCUUUUGCGGACAGGUCCAACCUCAGGGCACACCUACAAACCCAUUCGGAUGUGAAAAAAUACCAAUGCAAGAACUGUUCCAAAACCUUCUCCAGAAUGUCUCUUCUGCACAAGCAUGAGGAAUCUGGUUGUUGUGUAGUACAUUGAGACUGCUGGGCUGGGAGACAGUGCCACCGCCAGAGACCUCUGGUACUUUUCAGUCCUCAAUAACUGUUCAGGGGAUAUUACAUACUGAGGCUUUGUUACCAAAUAUGCAAGACUUUCUUUGACUGACUGCCUGAAUGACAAUCCAUUUAAUAUCAGUGUAAAAACAAAUACUCUCUGUCAUGUGCUUUUCAUUUUAAGCAGGUUUUUUUUCUCCUAUUGCAAUCAGUGUUGAACUAUACAGUAUGUUAGUUAUACCAUGUGCCAUUCUGUCUGUACAUUUCAUGUACUUUUGGGCAGGGGCGCAACUUUGGUUUUAGAAGUGGGGGGACAUAAUUAUAUAUCUUUUUUUUAUCCAGUCGGAUAAACACUCCAAGCAGUCUACCCGACCGCUUGGAGGAGUCUGUAUGGUCCAUAAGCACACCGUUGCCUCGUUUGGUAUCACAUUCCAAUGAUAAAACUGGG